AUGCUCUCGCGAUGGAAGUCCAGGGACGAAGACCGGGACCGUCAGAGGCUGCGCGAUGACGACGGCUUCCGCAUCCGUGCCGCGGGCGUUUGCAUUCGAGGUAUCAUGUUAUAAAGUUUCCCUGACUUUUAGUGUUUCCAAAAAGACUUGCUCAGGCUUUAAUAUCGCCGAAUCUAAAUACCACUUUGCACUGAUAAGACUGAUCCCAUAUUUUCCACAAAGAAAUUUCAAUUUGUGUAGUGAUAACCUAUAUAUUGCGUCUUAAUGAACUCUUGUAAGCGUUUUUUUGAAAGACGCAAUAGCGAUCUAUCCAGGGGGCCGUAUGAGAAAAAAACGAGAUAUUAUAUUUUUCCGGCAACUGCCAGUGUGAAGUUUUAAAAAUUUAUAUAUAGACUAAUUUAUAAUUAUAAUUUUUCAAAUUUAUUACUUUUUGAUACAAUUAAAAAUUUCUUAUAAGGUCUAUAAAAUGAUAAAAAAAUUGCAGCGUUUUUUUUGCUUUUUUGCUUUUUUUUUUUAUCGUCGAAUUUAAAUGAAUAUUUUAACUGCAUUUUUUCACUUUGCAUGUACCAAUUUUUACAGGUUACUUUUGAUUUUUAAAUGCGGAUCCAGGGACCAAAAAAAGGUGUAAUAGCCAUGAAUUGAUGUAUAAUAUGUGUAAAAAAUGUAGAUAAGAUAUAAGUGAUUAUAAAACUUCCGGCCUUGUAAAAACUGUAUAAGGCGUUUUACCAGCUGAGAUAGGCUAGUUUUUCAAAAUGUCCUCUCCUACUUAUUGAUUUCAUGUUUCCUUUUGAAAUGUAAGAAACUAGUAUUUACUUCAAAUAACAUUCGAUUUUCAGGAGAAGGUAAAGAAACUGUUGUUCUUCUCGUAAGUGGCGGCAAAGAUGGACGUCAGUGGGUCGUUCCAGGUACUUUUUUUUUUCCAAAUUCUCCAAAAAAUUGAAGUAUAGUCUUACCCAAUCAAAAUUUGUUUUUUUUUCUAAAACAAUUUUUGUGGAUGAUUGAAAAUUUUAGGAGGCGGAGUUGAAAAAGACGAGUGUGCCGAAGAAGCGGCGCGAAGAGAGCUUAUGGAAGAAGCCGGCGUCCGGGCGCAGACUGUAGAACUUAUCGGAGUGUUUCAGGUCUUUUAUUUCUCUUGACAUCAGUAAUGAAAUUUUCAGGAUGACAUAAGAAAACAUCGGACACAAGUUUUUCUGAUGAAAGUCUCUGAAGAACUUCAGAAAUGGCAAGAAGUAUGUUGGUUUUUUUUUUUCUGAACAUUUAUGAAUGUUUCUGAAUAGAUUCAAUACUAACUGGAGCUAAUAAAAUACCAAAUUUUCCUAAUUUCAGACAUUAAGCCUGCAGGACCAGUGUCCUGAUGUAAAAGUUUUCGAAAAAAUUUCACAAGUUUGACUCUUAUUUUCGGAUCAACAAUAAUCCACUCGUUUUAAUGACUGAAAUGAAACUGUAGUACUGAAACCGGGUCUCGGGAUUCACAAGCCGCGUUCAAAGUAAUUUCCGCGAAAUACAAAGUUAUCUCUGACUUUCCAAAAUUUAUCUUUUUCACUCUCUGGCGGUCAUUUUGAAUUUUGCGGGAUAACUUUGAAAACGGCAUAAAAAGGCAAUAAUUCCCCAUUUCAAACUCCAUUCACUAAACUGCGUUCAAGUAAAGUUUUCCUAAUUUUUGUACGUGCAUUUUAAGUUCCUUUUCUUUUAUUUUAUUUUUUCUUAAAUAAUGGAGUUUUCCAAUAAUAAAGAAAAAGUUACCGGUCAGUAAUUUGAAACUAAUAACAUGUAACCUUGUUUCGUUUCAAAAAUUUAUGACGUGCUCAAAAUGAUUCCGCGAAAUCCGAAAUUGCCGUCAGAGAAAGAAAAAAUAUUUAAUUUUUGGAGAGUCAGAGAUAAAUUUGCCUUUCGCGGAAAUUACUAUGAACAUGGUAUUAACAUAGAUUUUGGCGUAAUUUUCCGAAUUUUUUGUUUAAUGAUAAUCUGAGAAAAAUUUCAAUUCAUGACAAUGAAUAUAAGGGCGAAUUCGGACGUCAGCGAACUUGGAUGUCUUUGAUCGAAGGCGCUGAGAAAGUCAAGCAGUCGCACAGGCCGAUAAUACAAGCGCUGCUGUCUCGGUAGCGAUAUUUUACCAAGAGAAACGGCUUCAUUUUCCUUUUGCUUCUGUUAAGUUCUAAGCGGUUCAAUUCACUCUCGCAGGGUUACUUUAUUGUUUUGAUUAAUAAUUGUUGAAACUUUCUUUUUUUUUUCACCAAUGCUUUUUUUUCGAUUGCUACGGCUGCGUAAGAUUCACACAAAUGUCUUUUAGGCGGUUUUUCGUUGCCUAAAGUUCGAGUUUCUUUUCGACCGAUUCUCAUUUCUAUUAUAUUGUAGAUAGUGGGUGAAAACUUUAACUUUUCAAUUUGAAGCAUGUAUCAGUUUCUCGAAACGACCGUUUUAGAGAUAUUGCAACAGUUUCUAUUGAAUUCGUAUUGAGUGCAAUCCACGCCAUCGAAAUUUCAAUUUCACUUGUAUUUUUUAUGUAUCCUUAUGAGAAACAUGAAGGAGUAGUUCUUUGAUUCAAAAAAUCUGAUUAUCACAUGUGAAAGAUGAAUUUAUUCAUUGUCUUCCUGCUUUAAUUUCCUUUGCAAUUUUUUAUGGCACUCCAAGAAGACGCUUCACAUAUUUUCAAAACGGUUAACUAUAUUAUAAAGAUUCAAGAUAUCUCGUGUGAAUAUUUUUUACGGAACAUAAAAUUUUCAAGGAAUCUUCAACAUUAAUGUGUGUAACUUGUGAUUGCGCCUUUUAGGGUGCAAAACAAAGCGAAAGGCUUAUCAGACCACAGAUAACGGUCGCAGUGUUUGAAAUACCGCUAAUCAUCUUCACGUUUUCCUAAAAAAUUAAGUAAACGCAGAGUAUUUCAUUAAAGUGUGUAAGCGGUAUUUCUAUUGAUCAACGAAAUUUUCAUUUCGUUCUUCUCUGCUUCGUGAAAAGUUUCUCGGGAUUCUUUUUUAAACAAAUUAUUCGUUCUGUGAAGUUCUCCCACAAACAACGCGUUGGGAAAAUUUUCUCGUUUGUCCUAUUGUAUUUUCCAGUAGUUAGAAAUUGUAGAAAAAUAUGUUGGAUUUUUUCAUUCGAUAGGAGAAAAGAUCUAGCCCAACUUUGAGUUUUAAUGAAUGUUUUGAAAGAAGGGACUACGCUGUAGUUUACAUGCCAUUUUUCAAAGAAGUUGAAUGAGCAUGAUUUCAAUAUUAUUGAAGCCAGUCGAGUUUGUUUCGAUGAACUGUAUGUAAAAACUCUUCCCAGUAUUGUUUGCUGGUAUCAGUAUGUCUUCAGUUUGCAAGUUUCUUUAAAUAACACCCUUUCGAGUUGGGACGGUUUGCUUCGAAAAGAUUUGCCAAUGCUAAUUCUUCAAGACUUUUUUCGAUACGAUGAAAUUUUCGAGGUGAGUUACCGAUGAUAAGCAGCUCAAUUUGAGGAGAAUGGCAUAUCAACUUGGCAAGAACACUUUGACUGUUUCGGCGGAAAUCUUCAAGGAAAAUCGAAAGCGGCUUCUGGAGGCUCUGAAGAAGACUUUAGGCGCUAACGAGAACGGAAAUGUUGUUUUUCUCGAGGGCGGCAAGGAAAAGAACCGGUACAACACGGAUGCCGAAGACCUGCCCUUCAGACAGGUUUUUCUGAGGAAAAAAAGAGUUACUCACGGACUGCGGAGCACUCAGGAGUCUUACUUCUUCUGGACUUUUGGCGUGCACGAAAGCGACUUUUACGGAGCCAUCGACCUCGACUCGGGCAAAAGUUUCCUGUUUCCUCCGCGACUCGACCCCAGCUACGCUAUUUGGGACGGCAAGUAGGAUCUUUUGAAUAAUACAGAAGACGUUUCAUUUUUUCAAAGAAUCAACGGAGAAGACUGGUUCAAAAACAAAUACGAAGUUGACGAAGUGCAUUUCAAUGACAGAAGCGCCAUCGCCAACAAGCUGCAGAGUAUAAAUACUCAAAAGAUUCUUCUUCUGGUUUCGAAAACGUUCUAGUUUUAGUAAUUCCUCUUUUAGAGAGCUGACAACACGGAUAGUGGUAACGUCCUCGAACCUGCAAGCUUCGAAGGAAUCGAAAAGUGAGGAAAAGUGACCCGCUCAUUUAAUCAGCCUUCUUUGAAAAUUCAAGAUUCUCAACUGACGUCCUGAUCUUGUAUAAAACCAUCGCUGAGCUCCGCGUUUUGAAAACUGAUAAAGAGCUUGAGGUACAUAACCAUGAAAUGGUUAUGCAGAGAUUUAAAUUCCAGGUAAUGCGGUACGCCAGUAAAAUAGCAUCAGAAGCCCACCGUGUCGCCAUGAAAAACAUGAAGCCUGGACUCUACGAAUACCAACUUGAAAGGUUCAUUUGCGACCGUUAACCACUUUUGCUAUUCAUUCUCGUUUCAGCCUGUUCCGACAUACAUCCUACUUCCAUGGAGGGUGCCGUCAUCUGGCUUACACAUGCAUAGCAGCCUCGUGAGAAUUUCCGGAGCAAAAACCUUAAAUUCUAUUAAUUUUCAAGUGGAUGUAACGGUUCGGUACUGCAUUACGGCCAUGCUAACGCACCGAAUGACAAGUUGAUCAAAGAUGGCGACAUGUGCCUGUUCGACAUGGGUCCAGAGUACAAUUGCUACGGUUUUUUUUAAAAAAAAAAAAAAGUUAUUUCGGGUUUCUUUUUCAGCGUCUGACAUAACGACUUCUUUCCCAAGCAAUGGAAAGUUUACCGAUCAACAAAAGAUCAUCUACAACGCCGUGCUCGAAGCAUCUUUGGCCGUUUUCCGAGAAGCCAAGCCAGGUUCAUUCGUGGGACAUUUCCCAAAGAAACCUGUGGCGUCUUAGGUGUUCGUUGGACGGACAUGCACAUCCUCUCAGAGCGCGUUAUUCUGCAACACUUGAAAGCGGCAGGACUCGUCACUGGCGACAUUGAAGAAGCUGUUGCGGCAAGAAUUGGAGCAGUCUUUAUGCCUCAUGGAUUGGGUCAUCUCAUCGGACUCGACGUCCACGACUGCGGUGGAUACCUUGGAGUAACUUUUUUGUUCUUUCUUUCUUUUGGAAUCUCCCAAAAAAUUCAGGACGCAACGCCGAGAUCUACACUUCCAGGGCUGAGAAGCUUGCGAACGACGAGAACUUUGCAGGAACGCAUGGUUUUGAAAACCUUCUCUCGUGUCACAAGCAAGUUUUUUUUCCAGGUGAUUACUAUUGAACCGGGAUGUUACUUUAUCGACACGCUACUUGACCAAGCAUUGGCUGACCCAUCGAAAGCUAGGUUCCUCGUCAAGACUGAAGUCGAUAAAUAUCGUGGUUUCGGAGGAGUUUACUAGUCAUUUGAAACUGGGUGACUUUAAUCACUUAUUUUUAGGUCAGAAUCGAAGAUGAUGUUGUAAUUUGGGCAAAAGGAAACGAAAACAUGAGCGAUCUUCCUCGGACUGUCGAGGAAAUCGAGAAGUUCAUGAAAGACGGAGAUUGUGUCGAUGAAGCUGUUUCGAAGCGCGUUCAGGAAUAUCUGAGGAAGUAA